CGUAGAAUAGUUCAGCUGACAUUCCUGGCUGUGCCUCUCCCUUUUCGCUCUUUCCAUCACUAGCUCGCUUUUUCUUUGCUGUGAAAGAUGCUAGAGUUUGUGUUCUCGAAGUAGACUACGGUAAAUAGUUUCAUUCGUUGCAAAAAUAAUGAAUGUUAGGAGUUGAGGAGUCCUAUCGCAAUCGAAGUUUGACACCCAUAAAUGAAAGUCGACAACGGGAAUCGACGGUCAAGGAGUCGGGGAAUCGAUUAUUUUUUGAGUCGACUCCCCAUCCACUAUUUGCGUCACACGCUCCCCUUCCUCUCAUCAGGACCCGUGAUGAAGGCUCAACUAGGUUAGAGGGAGAAGGUUAAACACGCUCUCCAUCCCCGUGGCAACCCCCCCAUCUAGCUGAACGAGUAAUAGCUAUUACAGUGGGUUACCUCAUCGGCGUUAACGUUACAUGAUGGGUAAAACAGGUGCGGUGUUGGUCUUUCGUACUAUGAAUCAUAGGCAAGCUAGCUAGCUGUAUCGUCCCUCCACACAGAGCUACCUACAGCUGUGUUGAUUCCUUUGCUCUGACUCCAUCUACCGCUGACAGUGGGGCAAAUGAGUGAACCGGUGAAGAGUUUGCCUUCCCCUACUUCUUCAGGGGGGCAACCUGCGGGGUCUGAUACCUACAAAGGCUGGCUGUAUAAAUGGACAAACUACUUGAAGGGCUACCAACGCCGGUGGUUCGUCCUUAGCAACGGCCUUCUGUCAUAUUACAGGACUCAGGCAGAGAUGGCCCAUACUUGCCGUGGCACCAUCACCCUGGCGACGGCACACAUUGAGGUGGGUGACACCUGCCACCUGGUGCUGACCAGCGGAGGGCGGAACUACCACCUGAAGGCCACUUCCGAUGGGGAGAGUCAGCGCUGGGUCUCGGCUCUCCAACAGGCUAAGGCCAACACCACUCACAUGAUGCACCAAUCAGAUGACUCUGGAGAUGAGGCCCCCGUGCCCCAGCCAGACCGGGCCCUGACCCAGGGGGCUCUAAAGACCCUGGCCAGUAAGCUGGACGAUCUGAGCACCUGCAACGAGCUAAUCGGCAAACACGGCACCGCCCUGCAGCGAUCCCUCAGCGAGCUCGAGGACCUACGCACGGCCACCGACGGCACCGACAAACUCAAGACCGUCAACGAGCGUGCCACGCUCUUCCGCAUCACCUCCAAUGCUAUGAUCAAUGCCUGUCGGGACUUCCUGGACGUAGCAGAGACACACAGCCGAAAGUGGCAGAGAGCCCUGCAGUAUGAGAGAGAACAGCGCCACCACCUGGAGGAGACUAUUGAACAGCUAGCCAAGCAACACAACAGCCUGGAGAGGGCCUGGAGAGAGGCUCCCAGCACACACCCAGACGGGGGUGAGAGGAGGCGGGAGGGGGAUGCCAGUGAUGAGAAUGAGGACACAGAAUUUUUUGAUGCCAUGGAGGACUCCCCUGCUUUCAUCACAGUGACUGCCACUGACCACACCCAGCACAGACGCUCAGCCAGUAACCAGAGUAUCAUGAGCGGACGAUUACCCAAUAAUGAAUGGAGCCACGACGAGAAGGACCCUGGCUCCGACAACAUGCAGCGGCGCAGAGUUAGACGCAGCCGCAUCCCAGACAAACCCAACUACUCCCUCAACUUGUGGAGCAUCAUGAAGAACUGCAUCGGCAAGGAGCUGUCCAAGAUUCCCAUGCCUGUGAACUUCAACGAGCCCCUGUCGAUGCUGCAGCGUCUGACUGAGGAUCUGGAGUACAGUGACCUGCUGGACCGGGCGGCUCGCUGCGAAUCGUCCCUGGAGCAGAUGUGUCUGGUGGCAGCCUUCUCUGUGUCCUCCUACUCCACCACCAUCCACCGCACUGCCAAGCCCUUCAACCCCCUGCUGGGGGAGACCUACGAGCUGGACCGCCUGGACGACUUUGGCUACCGCUCCAUCUGCGAGCAGGUCAGUCACCACCCCCCAGCCGCCGCCCACCAUGUGAUGUCACAGCGAGGCUGGACCCUGUGGCAGGAGAUUACUAUCGACAGCAAGUUCAGAGGGAAAUACAUUUCUGUCAUGCCAUUAGGCUGUAUCCACCUGCAGUUCCACUCCAGUGGGAAUCACUAUGUGUGGGGCAAAGUCACCUCCACGGUGCACAACAUCAUCGUAGGAAAACUGUGGAUUGACCAGUCUGGGGACAUUGAAAUAGUCAACCACAGGACCAAGGACACCUGCCACCUCAAGUUUGUCCCUUACAGUUACUUCUCCAGAGACCUCCCACGCAAGGUGACAGGUGUGGUAGCAGACAGCGAGGGCACGGCCCACCACAUCCUGUCUGGGACCUGGGACGAGAAGAUGGAGAGUGCCAAGAUAGUAGAAAGCAGCCGGGGAUGUGGAGGGUCAGAGGGAAAACAAAAGACUGUCUACCAGACCCUCCAGCCCAAACUGCUGUGGAAGAAAUACCCACUUCCGGAGAAUGCUGAGAACAUGCACUUCUUUUCCUCCCUGGCCUUGACCCUGAACGAGCCUGAGGAGGGCGUGGCCCCCACUGACAGCCGCCUGAGGCCCGACCAACGGCUGAUGGAGUCGGGGCUAUGGGACGAGGCCAACGCCCACAAACAGCGUCUGGAGGAACGACAGAGGCUGGAGAGAAGGAAGAGGGAGGCACAGGCCACACAGGCCAUGGAAGAAGGGCAAGACUUUGAGGGUUUCCAGCCACUGUGGUUCGAGAGGAGGACAGAUGAUUCAACGGGGGAGAGCACUUACGUGUACAGGGGUGGAUACUGGGAGUCCAAAGACAGACAGGACUGGAGCCAAUGCCCUGAUAUCUUCUAAGACUCCGCCCCUGGGACUGUGACAUCAUCACUGGAGGGCCGAGCUGAGGGACUGAUUGACAAGCAGAGGGAGGAUCCACACUCUGAAGACACAUGGAGAUGUGGACAGCUCUUUGUCUGUGUAUGUGUAUUUGUGUGUGUUCCAGAAAGACAAAGCCCUCCAUUGAGAAUAAUGUAAACUUCCCAUACUUCAAGAACUGAGAUAUAAACAUAAUCUGUCCCGCUCCCCGAUGUAGUUCUCUAAUCAAACACUGAGUGAGUGUGUGUGCAACAGCGUGAGUGAAUGAGACAAAUAACUAUUUAUGACAGAAUAUUUUGAGUGUGAGGGAAAGAGUUAGAAAAUAGCUAAUGCAUGGAAAACCAUAUUUAUUUGAGCUGGUGUGUAUGGUGGUGCCUGGUGCCCCAUUGAUCUGGUAAUAAGGUAAUAACUACCGUAAGUAUAUAAUAUUAUACAAUAAUAGGCAGAGGCCAGAAGGAAAGUGAACGUUUGUGUUUUGGUGCUAGGAUAAGAUGUCCUGUUCCUCUGAGCUGGUUAGGAACAGAGUGUUCCUCCUGCUGGAGAUAUAAGGGCCUGCAUUUAUGUUGCACUGGCCAAUAGGAAUGUCAGGAGAUAAAGUUCCCCCAGGUUUGUCUAACUGAAAGGUUAUGAAACAAAAAGCUGCACAUAGAAAUAGAGUAACCAGAACAGACAUUAUUUUCUACUUCAAGUAUCUCCAAUAUACUUUACAUAUCUAUAUGUAACAUUAUGUUUCCUUCCAUGCAACAACUAGGCACUCCCCAGGUUUGUAACAAACUGCUUUUCUGCAGUGCAUGAAAACACAGGUGUAGAGGACGCUGGUAUCACUAUGGGUACUUUUGAUUUAAUAUCUGUACAGACAUAAUCUCUGAGAUCCAGAACUAAAAUCUAUACCGGUUAUGUUACGUGUGUCUGUCCACAAGAGAUUAGUACAGACCUAAAAUAGUUAGGGGAAUUUUGAGGUUGUAACAAGCUACCCACGAUUAUAUCGAUUUUGCUCAAAUGUCUUGAUUUCUCAAAUGUUGGUCAUACAGUCGCUAGUGAAAGUCUACACACCUCUUGCACAGUCUUCACAUUUUGUGAAUUAAUUUUGCUGCCUUAAAAUGUAAUCUCAAAAGGGAAUACAUUUGAUUUAUUUCCUACCGAUCUACACAACCUUAUCCACAUUUUAAGUUCAAGAGAAUUCUAGAAAAAUAUCCAAAUGAAUACUAAAUAAAAAACAAAGAUGUCUUGAUUGCGUAUGUCUUCACAGCCCAGAGUUUAUACUUGGCGGAAGCACCUUUGGGCAACAUUUAUCCAUUGUUUUUGUCAAAAUUGCUCAAGCUCAAUAAAUUUGGGUGGGAGUCAUUGAUGGACAGCAAUAUUCAAACCUCUGAUUUUCAAGCAAAUUUAAGUCAGUCCACACCUCUUAGAAAUACAUUCUGGUGUUUUUGACAAGCAUACCCAUAACAUGAUGCUGCCACCACCACUUGAAAAAACUGAGGGUUUCACUCAGUGUUGUAAUGGAUUUGACCCAAGCCUGUAGUUUUUAAUUUAGGCAAAAAAGUCCAUGUCUGCUGUGUUGUCUUGCAGUAUUACUUAACAGCCUUGUUGCAAACAGAAUGGAUGAUUUGGAGUGGAUUUUUUAAAACAGGCUUUAUUGUUUUCACUUUGUCAUACAGGUCAGUAAUGUGGAUGUGAAUGCAAUAUUGUUGAUCCUUUUCUAUUUUCAAGUGUUGUGGUGGCAGCAUCAUGUUAUGGGUAUGCUGGUAACUGGCAGGGACUGAGGAGUGCUUAACAAUCUAAGACUAGGUUUGAAUAUCGCUGUCCAUCCAACGACUCCCAACCAAAUUUACUGAGCUUAAGCAAUUUUGACAAAGCAUGGAUAUGUUGCCCUAGUUGUGCAAAAUUGGUAUAAUAUUUUUCUAAAUGUUUCACAGCUGUAAUGGCUGCCAAAGGUGCUUCCACCAAGUAUUAAUUCUGGGGUCUAAAGACACACACAAUCAGGACAUCUUUUGUUCUAGUUUUUUUUUUUUUGUAAUUUUGGAAAAUUCUAUCAUUUUUCUUUCACUUUGGAAAUGUGGAGUGGGCUGUGUACAUCAGUAAGAACAAAACCCCAAUUUAAUCCAUUUUUAGAUGUACUGUAUUUUAAGGCAGCAAAAUGUGAAGACUUUACAAGGGGUAUGUAGACUUUCACUAGGCACUCGUUUGAGCGCCUAAUUGUGUACAGACAAAAUUUUAAAUUGUUUCAUGAUUCCUCCCUGUGCGAUGAAAUGUUUCAAAGUCUUAUAUUUUUUUAAAUAUUAAGAAAUCAUAUGAAUUAUACUAUAACAUGUGUAAUGGCGAGUUUCACAGUGCAAUUGAGGUGGGUAAUUCAAGUAUUACACAUCUUUGUGUUUGACUGCAGGCAUUUAAACAUGCACCAUCAAUGAACUCAAACGAGUGUUGUGGCACCACGUGUAGCUCAUGCAUGGUUUAGUGUGCUCAUACACUGUUAUCUAGUAUUAAUUAGGCAUUAAUUAGUAUCAAUUAGUUGUUUCUAGACUUCAUUCACAGAAGAACAUCAUGUGAAUUCACCUUUUGUGCCCUAGACCUUCGGAAAUACAUUUUCUUUUUUUUGUCUUUCAAACACUCGCAAUGUCAUUAGAGAUGGUCUAUAAUGUUGUAAUCGGCUUUGGUGUCAGUUCUCAAAUCAAGACAAUGAUGAGAAAUAAAUGAGAUAAGCCUUCAGGAAGGAUGAUGUCCCCUGAAGACCCAAAGCCAAGAGGAGAUUUCCACGGGGACUAUCUGUCUGAUGUGGGCCUGCAGCAGAAGCUCUGGGGUCUCAUGAUGGGGUAGUGAAAGGACACUGAGGGCUGCACACUCCACUUUAGGCUACUUGUUUGAUGUCACCUUGUCUCUAGCACACACAUGUAUUCAAGGUGUAACACUCAAUAAACCCAAAUAAAUCGA